AUGAGGAAAUUGUUUUUUAAUUUAAAUAAAAGUGUAAAGGUAGUAAAUAGCAAUUUAUAUGACGAGUUAAGUAGUAUUAAUAAAGUUCAAAAGGAAAAAUUGGAAAAGAGAGCAUGUAGCGCAUUUAGUAAUAAUAACACAGCAAGAGGAAAUAAAUUAUUUUGCUCCUUUGCAAUAAGUAGAGAUGGAAAAGAGAUUGAUCAUACAGUUGAGGGUAUAUCAUUUACUAUUCAUGAUAACAGUAGUAUUUAUAAAGAAGGGACAAGUCAUGUGCCCAUUGUGUUAAUUCAUGGGUGUUAUGGAAGUAAGAAAAAUUUCUUCUUUUUUAGUAAGAUGCUAAAAUCAAAUAAAAUAAUAAGUUUAGAUUUACGAAAUCAUGGUAAUUCUAAACAUACAGAUACAAUGAAAUAUGAGGAUAUGGAAAUAGAUAUUCUAAAUAUUUUACAACGACUUAAAAUAAGAAAAUGUUGUUUAGUUGGUUUUAGUUUAGGUGGAAAAUUAUCUAUGUAUUGUGCUCUUAAGAAUAGUACUUUAUUUUCUCAUUUAGUAAUAAUGGAUAUAUUACCUUUUAAUUAUAACAAUAGUAAUAAUAUAAUACAAGUAAAAUUACCAUAUAAUGUUACACAAAUGACUACUAUUCUGUAUGAUAUAAAAAUGAAUAAAAAACCCAAAAAUAAGAAUGAAUUUUUAUAUUAUUUAAAAGAAAUGGUACCAACUAUUUCAGACACUUUCGCUCAAUUUUUAUGUAUGUCAUUAAGUGAUAAUAAAGACAAAAAUAAAUUAACAUGGAAAAUAAAUGUACAAACUAUAUAUAAUGAAUUAUCACAUCUUAUGUCUUUCCCUCUUUGUUCAGAUAAAUAUACAUAUACUAAUCCUUGUAGUUUUAUUAUAGGAAAGAAAUCAGACUUAGCUUUUACAAUACCCCAAUAUGACCAUAUUAUAAAUUCUUUUUUCCCUUCUUCUCAGCAUUUUAUUUUAGAACAUUCUUCACAUACAGUAUAUAUAGAUGAAGCCCAGCAGUGUGCCGAUAUCAUUAACAAUACUUUAUGCUUAUAA